CUGACUGGAACACAACGGGAGUUUGUACUCUGCUGAGUUUUGGCCGUGAGAGUGAGACAGUUAGUCUAGACGCUCUUGACAGCCUCGUCUGGAGGAGAGACACUUCCCUCUGCGGCUCUAUCCCCAUCACGACGGCACAUUACAAGCUUCUCCUAAGAUGAAACUCCAGCACUCCUGAAGAAGGAUGACACCCCUGUCACAUCGGAUAGGACGGUGCCUAUGGGCAUCUGUGUCACUCACAUGCUAAGCCUGAAAAGUGGAAAGAAAGACAGUUCUAGAAGACACGUCAAAAACUUCCAAGCUCUAGAGUGAAACUUUGCACAGUUGGCCAUGGCUGCAUAUCCAUGGCUUGGAGGAUAGGAUCCCUUGUUUAGCAAGCAUUUUUACAACAGUGAGUUUUUAAGGGGUCAUUUAGCUAAUCCAGCACUUCCUUUGGCUCAGAGGGUUUAUAGAGUAAUUGCCACACAUGAGCUGAACCAGAGGAAUCAAAAUGGAGGUCACACACCAAUGCUCUUUCAACCAGACUGGUUAAAGCUGCAUUCGAAAGCAUUACUGCAAGGGCAGUAUGCAGGCAGCUGACUACCCAGCCACAAAUAAUAACACAGAGUGCAAGUUCCACUGCACCAAUGGCAGAUGUCUGAAACUUCUCUCGCUGAUUUGCAAUCAUCUGAAUGAAUGUGGAGACAACAGUGAUGAGGAACACUGUCCUGCUGCUGUACCUCCACCUCCAGACACCAUCCAGUCUGAACUGGAGUUUGUUCAGAUAAUAAUCAUAAUUGUGGUGAUGACUGUAAUGGUAGUUGUUAUCAUCUGUUUGCUGAAUCACUAUCGGCUGUCGGCCUGGGCCUUCCUCACACGCCACAGCCAGGCCCGUCAACAAGAGGAGGGGAUGCAGCCGGACGCCUGUGCAUGGCCAACAGAUAGUUUGGUGACACAACAAGGAGCCACUGAGGUGAUGUAUGGGCCACGGAGCGGAGAGCGCUUCAACCCACCUUCAUUUAUGCAAAGGGACCGAUUCAGCCGCUUCCAGCCCACCUACCCAUACCUGCAGCAGGACAUCCACUUGCCGCCCACCAUCUGCCUGUCAGACGGCGAGGAGCUGCCGCCCUACAAGGGCCCCUGUACUCUGCAGCUCAGAGACCCCGAGCAGCAGCUCGAGCUGAGCCGUGCGUCCGUGCGUGCACCCCCCAACCGGACCAUUUUCGACAGCGACCUGAUAGAUGUUUACGUGCACGGAGGCGGCCCGCGGCCCCCAAGCAGCAACUCUGGCAAGAGUGCCUCGAACUCGCACAUGGAGGGUCCGCCGCCCACCUAUAGCGAGGUGAUGGGUCAGACUUACCCAGGCUCCGCCUCCUUCCUGCACCAGCACAGCAAUAACACACCACCCUCCAACCAGAGGACAGCCAGCAGCUCCGCCCAGCCUGCCGCAAGCACAACCCUGUUCGACAAGGUUAAGGAUAGCCGGCGUGACAAACCCAUGUGACUAGGACACACCUGCAGAGGGCAGUAGAGAGCGUGUGCCAUCACCUGUGCUCUCUGGUACUUCCUCCUGGACCUGAAGGGGAGUGGCUUUACUGUUAGUACACUCCCCUUGCACAAUUUAAAUCAAAAAAAUUGAGGAACCAAGCUUACAAAGUUUAUUUUUUGUAUUUUUUUUUGCUAGAACUUUGGGGCCUUGUAUGGAUGUUUGGGCUCCUCGGCUAAAUCUCUUUGUUCUUUUAUGCUUUCCUGUAUUUAAAGAACGCGUGUGUUGGCACAGAUUGUUUGCGUGAGAGACCACAUAGGUCAUAGGAUUGAGAAAUUUUCUAUUUGUUUGUGCAUUUCCAGGACUCGUGCACAAAAACUGUUCUCAACUAAUCAAAAUCCAAAUUGAGUGCCAUGAAAAAAUCUUAAAUCUUGGGGAUGUGACUCACAACAACAACAACAACAACAAAAAGUCUUUAUGUUGCACUUAUUCUUUAGAAACGCCUACCCUUAGUUUCUUUUCAUACGUCAAUCCACAUGGUUCCUGGUAUUUUUUUCCUUCAUUUUCAUGUUUUGCGUUUCUCGUUUUCCUGAAAUGGACAAGUAGAACUCUGAUCCAGCCUAAGAUCUCCACACCUGAACUGCAUCAUGGCACUUAUUUUAAAAAAAGAGGGGGUUUAACAAGUCGUUCAGAUUCCAGAUCACUUUUUCCACCGACCAAGUGAGAGAUACUGGCAUGGAUAUCUGCAGAUGGAAGUCCCGACACGCACGCCACUUUCAUCCUGUCAAGUAGCACUUUAAACUUACGUCACUUCAGCAUUGUCAUGGGGUCCAAGUGCAAGGGCAUCAUGGGAACUGUAGUCUUAUGCACAUCCUGUCUCCUUCUCAAUGAGUGUGUCAUAUCUCAAUUUGUUUUCACACAAAAAAAAGCAUGCAUAUAGUUUUUUUCCCAGUUAUCAAUACUAUACUUAAGUUCACGAUCGUAUAUGGAUCUCAUAUUUUAUCUCUCCUGGAAUGCUGUUUUAUUCCGAGGCAACAGGAACACACUUCUAUCUUUUAUUUUUCAUCAGUUUUAUCACAAACGAAUCGUGUACCAAUCAUAACAAGGUACAUCCCUGUGUUUUUUUUUCUUUCUUCAUUUGAAGUCGUAUUCAAUCACAUGGCACACGUUUGGAAUGCUUUCAGACAUGCAGAUUGUGUUUUUCACCACCCCUGAGCUUUAUAAAACAUCAGUCUUUGGCCUUCCCUAGAAAGUCCCAGAGAAAACCUAUUUAUUAACUAGCUAUUUAUUAAAGUUACUAGUUUGAGAGGACAUUUAGUCAAAAUGGGAGGGAACGCCACUCCCCCCCACUAAAAUAGACUUUUAUAUGAUCUUUUUUUCCCCUUAAAUAGCAAGACUCUCCUAUCGCCCAUCCGCUUUGGCUCUGAAAGCUUGGCUUGGCUUCCCGUCACUCAUUCUGACCACGCAGUUUGAGUUCGUACUGUAUUGCUGCUGCUGCUAUGCGCUGCUACCGCUGCUGCUGUUGUCCGUUCGUUAUGUAGGCCUUCCCCAUUACUUUCUAUUUGCGUACCAACCGAGACAUAGAUAUUCAUGCUCUGUUUUGGUUUCCUUCGCUAACUUUAGCGCUUUUCCACUGUCAUAGUCGUGCUAGGAAAAGAACCCAAAUGUAUUUUUUUCCAUUUGCAGCCGAGAGGUUUGCAUGUUACUAUUUACAUGAGCAUAUCCGGUGCCUAACAGUCAUGUUUAAGCAGACAUAGAAACCCACUUGCACUCAAAAGUCCCCACCUUUGUUGUGCCUCACUUCCUAAGGUGCUUCUUUCAGUAGUCGGACUCUGUUUAUUUGUACGGUGCUGUAUAUAACUUGAAUAUAUUAUGCACAUAUCCUACCCAAUGGGUAGAAAACCACAAGAAAGCAUUGUUAAUACUGUAAUAUAAUGUAUAGAUAAUAUUAAAAAGAAAACUUUAACAUGGUGGCA